UCCACACCAAGCCGCUCGUGAAUUUCUAGAACUUAGCUCCUUCUUUCCCCCGGCGUGGAACUGGCCGUAAAGCUGUGGCCAAACUUCGAAGACGUUCAAAGCCGGGGGGGCAGCGGGGACAAUUUCGGCCCCGCUCUCACCGGCUUUCUUUCCUAUCGGUCCGGACACCAACUGUGCGGCAGCCCACCGACCUCGGUGGCAGCUUUCCAACCAUCAGGAUCUUCGUGCACCCCGUUCUCAGCGGGCCAGAGUGCCCCAUCCGGCGGCAUGGCCUACCUCAAGUCAUCGCCUUACUCCGUCAACGGCAUCGGGCUACCUUCGCCUGGUGUCGAUCUGCUCCACCCCACGGUCGGAUAUCCGGGGCAAUUGUGUAGGGAGCUGAGUGACAAAAAUAUCGUUCGCGAUAGUGUUUGGCCGAAAAGUUGUAAAUACUUCAUGUGGACGAAAGAUCAGGCGCCCUGUUCGGUCAACUAUGGAGGACAGUUUCAUUCAGCCCCUGCUCCACCCCCUAGAAAGCAAAGGAGGGAACGGACGACCUUCACGAGAGCCCAACUUGAUGUUCUGGAAUCCCUCUUCAGCAAAACUCGUUAUCCUGAUAUAUUCAUGCGAGAAGAAGUAGCGCUCAAGAUCAACUUGCCGGAAUCAAGAGUUCAGGUUUGGUUUAAGAACCGUCGAGCCAAAUGUCGACAACAGCAGCAACAGCAGAAUGGCGGUAGCAGCAAAAGUCGACCGAAAAAAGCGAAAAGUCCACCAUCUUCGUCGACGCCGCCUUCUUCAAGAGGUGAAUCCCCAUACAAACCUCCGUCGCUGCCACCGCCGCACUCGUCCUCGACAUCAUCUUCAGCCGGUGGACCACCGGUCACCUCCAAUACUAACUCCAGUAGUAUCUGGAGUCCGGCCACCAUCAGCCCCGUUGCUGCGGAAUUGAUGGGAGCUAACAGUUGCAUGCAACGCUCCUAUCAAAUGGCAGCCAAUACACCUCCCAGUUGUUAUUCGCAGUCGUACGGACCCACCUCCUAUCACUAUGGCAACAUGAACAUGGACUAUUUGCCACCACCUAUGCCGGUCACAACCAUGACAUCUCCACAGAUGAGUGCUCCUGCCAUGACAGGGACUCACAUGGGUGGCCUGGCUUCUUCGGCGGCUCACCAGACUCUAAGUUCCAGGACGCCUCCCAUAAACGGCAGUCUACCACCCCCUGGAAGUACAGAUUGCCUCGAGUACAGCAGCGAUAAGUCUGCGGCUUGGAAGUUUCAGAUGCUCUGAAGAACAUCGGCCAUAGUCACUGAACUGCUUUUUCGGGCCCCAGGAGGAAAGAAAAACAAAAUUGCUGCUUUCUUUUCCUCUAAGCGGGCCCAUGUCCUGACACCAGAGGUACAGACGGGCAAGACCCUCACCUGUUUUCAUCAAAACUGACCGGCACACUUCUACUCCCAUGAGGAUGGUUAUUCUUCGCAAAGUAUGCAGUCCUACAUUUAAACAGUCUGCAGAUUUGGCAAACAAUGUUUUGUACAUAAAAUAUAACACACAGGCUCUUUUGAUGAUAUUAUUUAUGAUCAUUCCCAAACAAAUUUUGCGGAUGGAGACGAUCAUCUCUCUUUCUUUGUCUGGUCCAGAGGAUGCCGGGGCCGUUUUUGGUUUAAAUUUCUUUCUAGAAUGUAGCAAUAUCAUGCGGCAUGGACAACAAAUUGUAACCUUCACCAGUUGCAUUUCAUUGUAAAACUGAUCAACAAUUUCAGCAGUUGUAUUUAAUACUUUUAUGUCUUAAUAUUUCCUUAAACUUCAUUUUUUGUUGCUUUUGAGUAUAAAAGUGUAUAGUUUUAUUUUCGUAAAGCAAAACACUAACUAAUUUCCAAAAAAAAAUUGCAUGCUGAAUUUAAACCUUGAAUAAGAAACUGAAUUUUGGGUUUUUAUUUUUUUAGUAAAGUUUUUUUGAAACUAAGCCUGAUUUCAUUAUGAAACCAUUUAUAUAAUCUAGGGCUAAAAUCAAAUGAAAUCUUUAUUUAAAACAAUCUUUAUUUAAACGAUAUAAUUAUCCACUUUAAAAAUUUAUAGAAAAUUGGACGAAACCGGCAAAGUAUCCGUUAAAGUAACUGUACCAAUCUAAGUUGAAUCAGAAGGUUUGUAUAUAUAUUAUAUUAGUUGAGAAGUUUCACUGAAGUACAGAAGGGAAGAAUUCGGAACCUUCUAUUUUUAUGUAAAUUAUGCCAAACCUUCGAAUUCAGGAAAUUUCGUAUCAUAGAAAAGUGCUUAAACGGUAAGUGGAAACUUUGUAAAGCUAACUUUUUGUGACUUAAUAAUUUCUCUAUAGGGACUACGGGAAGAAAGGAAUUUUUGUUUUUGUUUUGUACGGCUUUUUUUUUUCUUUUGUUGGUUGUUUAUCUGGAAGCUCCCAAGGUCAUAAUGGAUUUCAGAGGUACGUAUUCCGAUGGUAAAAUACAGAUGAUUACGUAGAGGGAAUUCGUACCAGCUGUAACAUUUUUAUACAAUUAAUCUUGCCUGCCCCAAUAUAAUGUUCAGUAUUAUUCAAACGUUUUUGUGAAUUUCUUAUAAAGAAAAACGUAAAAGCGUAACCUUAUUCACAUUUUUUCCCUUUUUUUACCAGUUGCACUAUUUAUUGCUUAUUUCUAAAAUAUGUACUAAUAUUUUCUUUCCAAUCAUCGCAUGUAUAAAAGAAUUUUAAAUACAAAUUGGGUAAAUAUUUAUUUUCUCCUAAGAAAUAAUUUGGAUACAACCAACUACAUGUCUAAGAUACCAGCUUGUACAUAGCAGGCAAUUUUGUUUAUUUUGUGUUUGUGCGUAUAUGUAAAGUAUUUAGAUGAAUAGGGUAUAACCGUUGUCAUUUCCUAAUCGGCGUUCCCUUAUGUCAAUGUUAAUCUACUCGUUCCAAUUAGGCAGCACUGGUUGAUUUCACAUCUCUUUCAUUGGUCCAGGUAUGGAGGAUUUAUCCUGAAUUGAACAGGAAGGGUCGAGAACUUAAAGAACAAAUUCACCAGGUUAUUUGGGUUUUUAUUUUAAAAAAUUAGGUCAAAAUUAUUGGAUGCGUGCAUUGGUGAAAAGAUGGUGCUGCUUUGUGACUCGGAAAACAUGUAAUCAACUCGCCUACAGAAAUCCAAACAGACAGAAAUAUAAUUUUGGAUUGACUUUGUCAACAUUAAUUUUCUUUUACAUACCUACUAUACCUAUAUCAGAAAUAUUAACUCAUAGUUUCCCUAUACAAUGAAUAAUUUACAAAUCAACCAAAUAUUUUUAUUCUUGUUUACAAAUCAAAGAGAUUUUUGGAUUUUGUAAGAGACAUUUCAUCGCUAUAGAAGCAACAUGCUUACCAAGUGCCUUACUAGGCACUAUUUCUCUGCCAUUUGAAGUCAUGCGGUUUCAUAUGUGUUUCGAUAACGAACGAAUUCAUCUUCAGCAAAAGACUAUGAUCUACUAUUUGGUGAAAAUAUUUCAUUUGGAAUCAUAAAAGAUUUUCGCCUCGACUCUUUUUUCUAGCAUUUUACAUAAAGCCAGAAUCUCUUUAAAAAAAUAAGAUAAAAUAUGUUACAAAAAGUAAAGAUUACUUCAGUUGCCUUUAGUAUGAUAGUAAAACUUCAGAUCACUGUUCAAUUUUUGCAGCCUAAACUUAUUAUUUCAUAAUUUGAGAAAUCAAUAAUGUUUUACAUUUAAGAAUUGAUCAUUAAAUUUGAACAGAGCUGCUAAAUAAAGUAUUUAUUAGCCAUCCGGCCUAUACGGACAUCAUGUUGCUGUCAUGGAUAUCAUGUUUCGCCAUUGUAAUUUUGUCCAAGAUAUUGUAGUUUCUGGGCCAUCUCAUAAAAAUAUGAAUCGAUUCUGUUAGCUGUCACGAUCAUCCUGUUUUAUUUAUUUUUAUUCAUUUAUCAGACUGCUUUCUCUUGCCGUUUUUGCUAGCUGUAUUGAUCUGAGAGUAGAGUGGGCAUUGUUGGGUCUUGCCCCCAAAAGGCAGUGGCUGGAACACUGCUGGUUUUUAAAAAAAAUCUCUGAAGAUUGUUGUUUGAGGACUGUUGUAUAUAAAUUUUCCGACGUUUUUGAAGUCAUCCUUGUACAGAUUUUUUUUUAUGUAUUGUAUAGUAAAAAUCUAUGAAGCUUCCGGUGAGCGGAGGAAUUGAAAAAGAGUAGCAAUAUAUGAAGAAAAAUGCAUGAAAAAGAAACAUGACUUCAUAUAUCAAAUAUGAUAAUACUGAUGAUAUUUAACGAAAAUAAAUUAUGCAAUUCGGGCUUUGGAAGAAAUGAAUGUUGAACUCUAAAUCAAAAUAUUCAUUGAAAAAUGCAACAAUAUAGACUCGUUUAAAAAGUCUGAAGCUUAUGAUUUGACCUCCUAGCUCAUCAUGCUCUUUUUCAAACUUGUGUAUAAAAAAAUGUAACAUAAUAUUGAAAUAAAGGACAAAAGAGAGCACACUACCUUGAACGAUUUUGGAAGAAGCGUAACCAAUACACAAAUAAUGUGUUUAAACGAUUUCAACUCAAACUUUACUAAAAUUAUUUCUUGCUUAACUGAAGCAUUGACUUAAUUUUCAAGAUCAGAAAAAAUAUUAUGAUUCAUACAUAAUUAAUAUUCUGAAAUUUCCGAUUUGCAUUUGAAAAAUCUUGAUUUCUUUAUGAAACAUCAAUUUACAUUUAUUAAUGAAUCAUCUCAAACGUAUUAAUCCUUAGUUUUUGUUCUUAAACGAGAAAACAAAAUUUGAUUCAUAGAUCUGCAUGAAAAAUAUCAAGCCAAUUUUGAAGUUUUCAGUUAUAAAGAUUAAAUACUUUUCAUGAAGAACAUCUCACUGAAGUAAGUAUGUUUUAUUUUGUAUGGAAAAACUUAUGAUCGGAGAAGAGAGCGGAUAUGCAAGUAGGUAUUUGAGAUUCGAAAGUAUUUAUUUUAUUUCCGAUUCCAGUUCAAAAGCAGCGCCAUCAAUUCAUGUUCUGGCUGUCUUGAAAUAACGUAAGUUCUCCUGCUCUUAAAUCUUCCAUGCCAUCAGAAAACAGUUUGUGGGUUCAAUAGAAAAAGAUCGUAAUUUGAGAACUUUGAAGGAAGAUGAUAGAACAAGUUUUCACCACCUUUCGCAAAUAGAACUUGAUUUUAAUUUAAAAUCUAUUAAAGAUUCUCAGCUCCUUUAAAUUUCCUGAUAUUUUGCAAUUCCAAGCCCUAAAAUAGGAUGCCUAAAAUUGGUUAAAAUAAUGUAUAUCUCAAUAAAUAAAGAUAUAUUUAAUAAAAUAUUUUAGAAUGGGAAGGGGUAGAUUAAUUGAACUAAAGUUAGAAAAGUGAAAAUUAAUGGAACACAGCAUGAUCACAUAUUCAGUAUUAAAAAACAGUAUAGGGCAAAAGAUUUAAAUGUAAUAAUUUCUGAAAAAAGAAAGAUUUUAUAAAUGAAAGUUUUUAUUUUAAUAUAUUAUGUCAGUCAAUUUUUUUAAAAAAAAUGAAUUUACAAGAUAUAAAUCAUGUUGGAACUUCUGGAAUAUAUAACAUUAAGA